GAACCACAGGUGGGGUCCGGCAAAAGAGCCACAGGUCUUGUUUUCAGGGGUGGAUCUUGGACUGCUUGUGUUGGGUUCGGUCCAUGUUUGCUUCCAUUGCACGCGACGGAUGGGUCCAUCCAGCUCGCUCCCAGUCUGAGCCUCGCGCUGGUGCCCAGACUGCUUCCGGUGCUCUUCACCCUUCAGACGGUGAGCGCAUUGUCGCUGAAGUCAAGGGCCUUCUUGCGGGUGGCAAUAUCCCCACAUCUGUUGCGCUGAAAUGCUUUAAGUUCUUCAAGAAGCAUAAGGUUCCCACUCCUGUUUGCAUGAGGAAGAACGGAGCACUCCUGUCUCCACAGGAAUCUCACGAAGAGUGGUGCUUGAAGCUCAGAUCCCAAUGUUCAGGGCCUGAAGUUCAUGAUGCCAACAUUCUCACAAGAAUGCAACAUUCGGUGAGCUCUAUGAUCGGGCGAGCAUGGCAGAAACGCGGUCAGGGCUUACUAGAUACCGAUGUAUCUGAGCCGCAAAUCAGAGCAGGUUUGUCCACGUGGAAAGCCUCUACGGCCAUUACACCGGAUCUAAUUCCGCGUGCUGCAUUUGUUGCAGAUAGUGAGGAUUGGAUCAGUCUCAUAUGGCUGUUGUGCCAGCUGGCAGGCCCUGCUAGAUUUGCUUUGCGCCCGACGCUGUGGCGAUGGUCAAGCUUAGGUACUGCUUUCAAGAAAGGUCCAGCAACAGAAUUCUCCUCUUGGAGAUUACUAUUCGUUCGCUCGCAGAUGGGACUGUUGCAGGAGGGUGUCUUGGCCUUACGACUCAGGCCUGCAAUCUGGUCGCACUUGCUGGAAGGACAAUCCGGCUACAUCAGAAGCUCAGAAGAUCCAGUCCUUGCUUUAACCGAGCUGCGACAACUUGCGGUGGCUUCCCAGCACCGCUGUGUCUUUGUACUCAUGGGUGACUUUGAGAAGGCUUUUCCUUCAUGCUGGCGAAAUGACAUACUACACUUGGCUGCCGAGUGCCCUCUCCUUUCGGGUGGACCCCUCCUGUAUCCGCUGAUCCCAAACUCUCUGACUCGUGUGCUCCUUCAUGAGAAAUGCGGUGUUGCUCUGGAUGCUGCCCUUCCCAAAGAAUGGAAAGACCAUCAAUGGAGUGGACAAGGUGUGCCUCAGAUGUCUUUGGUUGCUAGGAUCCUUGAGGCAUUGCACACUGACGCGCAGCUACCCAGUAGCUCAGCUCUCCAAGCGUAUCCAGACCUGGAGGCCUCUGCCGCAAGAGCCUUGGAUUUGAGAGACCCUGGGCGCCUGGCCAUCCUGUUGCACGCCGACGACCCUGUUCUGCUGGCAUCGUCAUGGGGCGAACUUUGCCGUAUGAUACUCAUGAUUGAACGAUGGGCACCAGGCCAUGGAGCUCGUUUCCAUGUUUCUGAUGACAAGUCUGUGGUUUUUCGCUUAGGCGGGUCAGGACAGGUGCAGCCGAUUUUCUUCCGCCCUUCACCGUCUGCUCCUUCCACCUCUUUGUCUUUGUGCUCUGAUGCUCAUAGGUGGUUGGGCUGGCUUUGGACGGAGGCUAUCCCCUUACCUUUUGCUCUGAACAUUUUUGAAGGAAAGGUGGAUGCCUGCAUGAGGCCAGGUCGUUGGGUAUAUGCGGUGCUGGUCCCGGACGCAACAAGAAUCCUCGAUGACGCGUAUGAUCGCUGGGCAAAGAUCUUAUUAGGCGUUCCUGCUUGGUUGCCUGCCCAUGCAGUCGUCUGGGAACUUGGCUGGCCACUUUCCGGGAUGGCUCGUGCAGUAUUCGAUGUUGCUGUGAAGCGCACGCGAAUACAGUGCUGGCCAGCUGAUGACUUGUACCGCAGGGUGUUUGAGACAACCGCGCAAUCGACGGCAGCCUGCUGGAGCACGAGAAGUCUUCAAUUACUCCAUGACUGGGGUAUUGCCCAGUAUUCUGACGGUGACAUGAGCCUUGGAAUCCCAGAAUAUAAGCGGUAUGUAAAGCAGACGUUGGUUAAACCUCUUUCCGCUGGGGCACUUGCAGGGUUCUUUUUCCAGGGCGCGGGUGGUUUCGCGGUAGGAUUCGAAGAAGUUUUGGCCCUAGCACAAGAGAUCCAGAAGUUUGCUUUCAAGUACUGGCGAGAGCGCUCUCGUCCACUGAAGAACGGGGCCAGCUGCUUGCUUGCUUCCACCCAACAUCUGGAGGUUGUUACUUCCCACGGUGUGGGCCAGGGAAACCAUCAAACCAUCAAACUGAGGAUAUGUUACGUAAUAGAUAAGUACAUUCAUGGAAAAGUUAACUAG